AUGUCAACUGAGUGGGGGAAGCGGUUGCCAGAACUGGCAAAGCGGCUUGAGGACAUCUUGUACAGAACAUUCCCAAACAAGAAUGACUACUACAAUAUGAUGAAGGGACCAAUUGAGCCACAGUUGGAGUUUGCUAUUAAGACCUUGGUUGAUCAGCACCAGCAAUAUCAACAAAACCUACAGCUGCCAACGCAGACACCAUCUUCAUCCAGCUCAAAUCAGUGGCAUGGCGAUUCAACUUGUCAAGCUCUGAAGUCUGAAUAUGUUGGCAAGAUGGGGAUGACAUACGGAUCUGCGCAGCGGUAG